AUGAGUGAUGGAGAUGGACUGAUGAGUGAGAGAGAUGGGAUGGCGAGUGAGGAGGAUGGACACAUGAACGAGAGGGAUAGGAUGGGGAGUGAGGAGGAUGGACUGAUGAGUAAGAGAGAAGGGAUGGGGAGUGGGGAGGAUGGACUCAUGAGUGAGAGAGAUGGGAUGGGGUGUGAGGAGGAUGGACUGAUGAGCGAGAGGGAUGGGAUGUGGAAUGAGGAGGAUGGACUGAUGAGUGAGAGAGAUGGGAUGGGGAGUGGGGAGGAUGGACUGACGGGCGAGAGAGAUGGGAUGGAGAGUGAAGAGGAUGGACUGAUGGUUGACGGAGAUGGGAUGGUGAGUGAGGAGGAUAGACAGAUGAGCGGGAGGGAUGGGAUGCGGAGUGAGGAGGAUGGACUGAUGACGAGAGAGAUGGGAUGGCAAGUGAUGGAGAUGGGUUGGAUGAUGCUGAGAUAUUUCGAAGCAUCAUUUCUUGCAGUCGGGGCAGUGAUGACCAACAACUGA